AUGGAAGAAGCAGGCACAAAAGCAAUGGCCCGUAAACCAAUUCGUGGUCGUGCAACUGGACCAGUUCGUGGUCGUGCAACUGGACCAGUCCAUGGUCGCGCAACUGAACCAGGUCGUUAUAGUACAAAGAAAUCAGUUGAUCGUGGUCAAGCUGAACCCGUUCGUCGUGGUGAAUCCGAGCCAUUUCGCCGUGGUCAAUUCGAACCAUUAUUCUUGAAAGAUAUAAAAGGAACGAUUGUUACGAUAAAUCGGUUAAAACAUUAUGGUUUCAUAAAACGGAGAGAUCGAGUAGAAUCUCACGACAUUUUUGCUCGAGAAGUUUCGACAAUCAACGAAACUCGUCAACGAAAAUUCUUUGUCUCGGACACGUGUAAAUUUGACAUAAUGAAAACUCCACGCGGUGUCGAGGCUGUGAAUAUUAAAAUCAUUGAACGAAAUAUCAACAGUAUUUCAAAAUUGCCGAAGAUACCAAAAAAGAAACAUAUCGAUAAACAGCAACAAUAA